AUGGGCAAAAAUUCAUCCACAACCCCACCGACAGCAGAGAGCAAAAAGAGCAAGAAGAAGACUUCAUCGGGCUCUUCUAAAAAAGUUUCAAAUGCUGCUCCGAUCAGUGCUACACAACCAUCAACAACUUCUGCCACUUCUGUUGCCAAAAAUCAACCAGUUGCUAGUAGCAACACCAUCCCCGUCGGUUCUCCUGUAGCAUCAGUCUCCAAGCCGAAAAAAUCAACUACAACAAAGAAAUCAUCAAAAGGUUCUACUCCUUCAACAAAUGGUCCAACCUUGACCUCUUCAAUGAUACAAGGCACUCCAGGUCCUACUUAUCCGAUGAUUUCGUCAUCUCUGGGCUUUCCGAUGUCACAAUUCUCAUCUAAGAAUUCUAUUCCACAACAAAAUUUUGAAAUAGCAUACAUGGAAGAAAUUUCAAAUAUGAUUACAUGCUUUUGUUUUUCGAACAGGGCUGAUCCUAGCACCAUCAGGAUCAUUGAACAAUACACUAAAAAUCAUAUUAUGGAUAUAAUAUGUCAAUUAUAUAAAUUCGCCAAUUCAAAAUCAGUGAAAACUGUGGACCAAGUGGAAUCUGUGGAUGUAAACAUUACUGUCGAAGAAGUAUUAUUUUUUAUUAAGAAAGAUGCUCUUAAAUUUGCCAGAUUUGAAAAUAUGAUAAGAGUUCGAGAGCUGAGAAAGAAAGAAAGUGAGCCUGAAGAGGAGAUAGAGGGAAAAAAAAGAAAGAAUGCAUUUUCUCAUAUCAAAGACAAAAGGUUAAAAUUGGAUCCUAUUUUGGAUAUUGGACAAUUUUCAGAUGAUGAAAGUGAAACCCCAACUUCAAAUGAAAGUGAUUUAUUGGAAACAAAUUCAGAUUCAGUUAUCAACAAUUAUAUGCAAGAGAAACGAAGAGCUGCAGAUUUUCUCUCCAAGAAUUUGUCUCUGAAUGAUUACCUUGAUUAUACAAAAUGUCGAGAAUCUAACUUUGUAUCGAAAGGGAUCAAAAAAUUCAGACAGUGGCUUGAAAUUCCUCCAGACUUGAAAAUUAAUGACAAUGCUCUUGAACUUUUGGCUUUAGAGGCCUAUGAGACAGUUGGAAAACUUUGCCAAAUAGCGCUUAUCUGUUUGAUCGACCGUGAAAACAGAAUUGUCACUCCAUUUGAGGACAGUUUAUUCACAGCUGCCGGCCUUUUGACCCCAAGAGAACGACGAAUGUAUUCCCAAUUUCCUCAACUACAGGAAGUCAGCAGCUCUUCUUCUACCGGUACCGAACAUAUUCAUCGACCCACUAUUACUGCGUCUCACCUUCUUGAUGCAAUCACUCUUAUUCAUCCACCAUCUGUAUCAAGUCCAAGGUUUUGCCUUCGAUUAUAA